AUGUCGAUUCGUACUUGGCCAGGCAGACUGGUUUGUCGUCAGCCCAUGUCAAGAUUUUACGCAAAAUACCUCACAGCGGGGUCCGAAAAAGAAGAAUCACAAGAAAUCGUACCCAACCGCCCGUGCGUACCUGCGCUCAACAGACGAGCAAGCGAAGCAAAAGAAGCGGUUCUUAUCGAACAUCACAGAGACGAGCUCAAAGAUGCUUGUAUCAAAGAAAUGAAAGCAUACGUGGAGCAACUAUAUGAAAAACAUGUAACCAAAGGCUCCAAGUCCCACGACAAGUUCUUUGCAGAUGAAUCGAAAAGAAAAAGUGUUCGUAUAUGGGACGCUGUCCACGCCAGUCUGUUCCCUAAUCCCACAAAAAGCACAGUUGCCAUCGCAUCGCUAACCAGGCGAGUUUCAAAAAUGGAAGAUUUCAAUACAGCGCCAGCGUACCAUGAAAUCGUGGCCGAGUACCAGGAAGAGCUCGCCAACAAUGAAGAUUCCUCUGCCACUGACGACAAUCCGAGCGGCAGCGAUGAAGAAAGCUGCAGCGACAACGACGACACCCCGGGUUUCGAAAAGCGUUACGAAACCAUCACGCGUUCUUUAUCAUUCAUCACCAGGCAUGAUUUUGAUGUUCAAGCGCUGGGUCAAAUUUUUACCGACGAACAGGCGCGUAUGGAAAAGUUCAUAUCCAAACUCACCCAGGCUGUCUCUGUUGCGAUCGAAUUGUUAGGGCAGGACAAACUUGGAUAUAUUUGCGGCCUUGCUAAGCAAGCAGCGAUCAAGGUGGAUCUCAAGUCGCUGGCACCAACCUUUGAUUUUGGCAAGGAUGCUGAAACCGCAAUCAAGCUCACCCCUUGUCCUGACGAAGCUGAGAAGUACUCGGAGCAUAAGGUCUUCUCCUAUGAACAUUUCGCUAACAUAUUGUCUGGAUGCGUCGGCAAGUCGGUGCGAGCUCGGGGUGAGCGAACAGUUUUCAAUGAUAUCCGCCAACUUAUCAAUGCCAAGCUAAGCGACGACCCUGAUGAUAAGUUUUUCUUCAACCAGUCGAUGAUGGACGCACUCAAGCAAUUACCAUACGUCGUUUACCAUGUGGCGUAUGUUCGAGACCUCCGCGUGCUGAUCCUCGCCUUGUUAAGGCUUAGACUUGCCCCCCAACUCCUCAAGCGCUAA